AUGGUGCAGGAGGCUGUCACCUUUGAGGACGUGGCUGUGAACUUCACGGCGGAGGAGUGGGCUUUGCUGGAUCCAUCCCAAAAGAAGCUCUACAGAGAUGUGAUGUGGGAAACCUUUAGGAAUGUGACUGCUAUAGAAAGAAACUGUAAUGAUCAGCAAGUUGAAGAUGAGUACAAAAGUUGCAGGAGAAAUCGAAGAAGUGAAGAGGUAGACAAAUGGUAUCAACAUGAAUUAUGGUAUCAACAUGAAGACAUGAUGUUUUGUUCUCCAGAUGGUAAUGUGUACAUGAAAACAGUUGGUACAAAACGAAGUGAAAGUUUUGCCUAUAGAAAGCACCUGAUUUUUCAUUCACCAGAAAAUGUGCCUGGACUCAAAUUGUAUGAGUAUCAGAGCUUUCAAGAGAAGCUUUCUAACUGUAGCACACAUGAGGAAGCCUGCACUGAAUUCCAGUACUUUCAGAAGUAUGCUAAGAAAACUCCUGGAGAGAAAGCCUGUGGAUAUAAGCAAUCUGGAACAUUCUCUGAUGGCACUGAAGGAACUAACAUAGAAGAAGAGAAGCCUUUUGAAUAUAAGCAAGAUGUGCAAGCUGUUAGUGCAUUGAACUAUGUUGAAAUCCGAAAAAGACAUCACAAUAGAGUGGACCCAUAUGUAAGUGUGCAAAGUGGAAAAGGUUUUGAUUCUCACCAUGAUGUUCAGAUGCAUGAAAGUGCUUACACUGGAGAAAAACACUAUGAAUGUAAGAACAGUGGGAAAUCCUUAACUAAUAGCUCUUCAUUUUGUAAAUUUAAAAGGGGAGAAACUGAGGAGAAACACUAUGUAUGUAAGCAUUGCGGGAAAGCUUUCGGCACACCAUUUACUUGUCAAAAUCAUGAAAGAAUCCACACUGGGGAAAAACCCUAUGUCUGUAAGCAAUGUGGGAAAGCUUUUGGCACACAAUUCAAUUGUGAAAAUCAUGAAAAAAUUCACACUGGGGAGAAACGCUAUAACCUGUACUCCAACAAAAUGGAAAUUUCAGAAGAAAUGGACACAUUCAUACAUCCCUAUGAACUAUCAAUGCUGAAACAAGAAGAUAUAAAUAUCCUAAAUAACCUAAUACCAGUAAAAGUAAUUGAAGAAGUCAUUGAAAAACAGCCAAGAAAUUAA